CGGAAGCAGUUCAAGACGAAGCUAUGCGUUCUGUAUCAGAGAGGUCGCUGCAAUCGCCAUAAUUGCUCCUUCGCGCAUGGGAGUGCCGAGCUUCGACGAUUCUCUGCCUCGUAUAGUGAUACGGAAGCUUAGAUAUGCAAUAACAAAUGGCAUAUGGGAUUAAUGCCAGAUUAAUUUAUUCAAUGAUAGGAUGAUCACAUUAUCUUGUUGAGAUGUUGCAUUUCCAGGAGUAUGGAUAUUUCAUUAUAGAUGAGAGAUUCUUCAGAAGGCAUUCUGCUGAUUGGUUUGUUUUAAAGGCAAUGCUGGUGUUGUUCAUGAAAUUGUAUUUUCUUGGCCAUGUUUUUUAUGCUUCAUUCCUUGAAUCUGUGGAAGUACAGUGUUAUCUGAGAUCAUGAUUAGCCUUACGUGGAUUGUCUGCUAGCAUCAUGUUUUGAUCAGAAGCAAGUUCAGCAAAUUUCCCAAUCAUUUCAUUUAAAAUUUCUACUGCUUGAGUGUAUGGAGCUUAUACUAUUCCUUUUGGCUGAUACUUCUGGAUAUGGUAUGGCUACAUGGGCACAGGAAAAAUGGAUUAGUGGAGAUUAUGUCAGGAGAAAUCAAAUCUGAUAGCUUGUUGAUGGAUUUUUAUUUCUUUAGCAUCUUGGAUAUAUCUCUACAUUUGAGAUUCUAUUUUAUAUCUUACCUCUCUCAACAAGUUGGGGAUGUGAAAUGUUCUUAAUCCAUUGGUACCCUGAUUACACUCCAAACAAAGUAUAAGCUACAUGUGUGGGUUUUACUAUAUCUGUCAUAAUAUGAGGGUGCUAGUUUCUAUCCGCGUUUUUGCUCUUAAGUGGGAGGCACUAUUACUAUUCAUUAUUAUGUUUCUCUUGUUAUUCCUGUUAAUGGGAGGAGAGACUAUUUAGAUAAUGACUUGAGGGAUAAACUUGACAGAAGGCAUGUAUCUCCUCGAAGGUACUCACCAACUCCAGAUACUAGAGGCCGCCAGAUCAUCCGUGAAUACAGUCCUACAAGAUCUUUGGAGAAAAAAAAGUGACAGGAGAUAUAGGAGAAAACAGGAUAUUACUGGCCAAAGUGAUGUUUCUGGAAAUUUGAAAGUCUCAGAUAGAGUUCAAGAUCGAGUUAAAGAAGGAAAAUUGCUUUCCUCUGGUUCUAGGAAUAAUCUUGAGGAGAAGCUGAAGAAAGUAGAUUCAGAUAUCAGCACUCUUCAGAACCGAAAAUUCCAGCUAGAGAAAUGCAUAUUUUUGAAGGUCUUCCUUGAUGAGAAUGUUCAAGAAGUGGAUAGUCUUAAUUCUAGAAUUCGGGAACUUGAAGGUCAAUUAUCCAAAGAGGAUGAGGAGUGCAAAAGAAUUACUUCAAGAGUAAGGAAAUUUGUAAGAGUGCACAAUCAUAUGUCAGAGUUACAAGAUGAACUGAAGAGAUCACAAGUCCGACUUCAAAGGUUUGGAGAUCAGCUUUUCUCAGACAUUUCUAGAAUUGGUGCCAAUGAAGAAGAUUUAAGCAUUGAUAUUUUAAGCAAUGGUGAAAAUACUGGUCUUCAUCCAAUCGCUAAACAUAAUGUGGAGCAGAAUGAUGCAUCUUUCCACAGAAGAAGGCUGCAUAUUGAAUGUGAUGCUUUGGAAGAGUUGAAACAAGAUAGAUCAAAAGAUGGGCAUUUGGUUGAGACAGCUAGAACUAGGAAGCGUUCUCGCUGGAAUUUAUCUGAUCAAUUGAAUGAGGACUCUCUUGGUACUCCAGACAAUGGAACUGAAGUUACUAGAUCUCUAGAUCUUGAAGGCAAGCACAAGAAAGGAUUGAAGCAACCCAGGAUUGAAGCGCCAUCAACCAGCAUGGCAGCUCAUGUGGUUGAUGAGGACGUUGAUAUUGAACGUUAUGAUGGAAAUGAUAUCUAUGAAACUGCAAAUACGGAAAAUUAUAAUGGAGCGGCAUAUAAGGUGAAGGGUGCGCCACUUAUGCUUCCCCCAGCUUUGCUACCUCGUAGCAAUUAUUCGCAGUAUGAGGGUAACGACGAGAAUGUUGAUGUGGAUGGUUGAUGAAGAGGCAGCAGGUGCACGUAUGGUUUCAUCUAAUUAAUAUUGGCAAUUUCUAACUUUCUUUUGGUGGCUUGAAGGUAGUUGUUGAAAACGUCAAUAUCUUGAACAGGAGUAUUUGAAAGUAGAGGGUAGGAUUCAAGAUAGUAGAACAAGAAACAGAAGACUUGCAUGGAUCUAAUGAUACAUUUUAUUUUGAUGAUAAAUUUUAUGGCCUUGAUAUGCAUACAUGCCAUAUUUGUGGUGGUGCUUAAGCUGAUUGUCUAUUUUCUGUUGGACUUGAUGUGAUUGUAAAUGUAAUCCUCUGUUCUCUACGGUUAUAUUUGGUUUUCCAGAUCUAGUUAUUGAAUUUCUUUUUAGAGUACCA